AAUUGAGCCGGAGAGGAGGCAGCGUGAGAGCAGAAACUUCAGCCGCCGCUGAUCCGGGAGGAGCAGGGGUGAGCCGCGGCGGCCGACUCUCCCACCCGCAGUAGCAUCCUCCCGGCCCUUCUCUGCCACCCCGGGGAGAGCCGCGAGCUGCCGCUUUACGGCUUCCAGGAGCCAGGGGUGCGGGCAGCGACCCCCAGGAAGUUUGGGCUUCUGCGUCGUUGAGGGGUGCCUGCGAGCGCCCCAGAGGGCGAGGGGCCGAGGGCGAUGUUGGGCGCCGCGCGGGGCUGGGGGCGCCCGGAAGACGUGCGAGUGCCCGCGGUCCUGCUGCCGUCCCCGGUCCCCUCCGCAUCCCCCAAGUGAUGGGAACAAGGGCCCGCCCAGGCAGCCGCUGUCGCCGCACCGCCCCCUCGCUCGCCCCCCGCGCGCGGAGUCACCCAGUCACACUCCCGGCGCCCCGAGCCCGUCCUCCGGAGCUGCCGCUGCUACUUUGGCUGCUCCCGCCGCCGCCGCCGCGGGUGGCCCGCUGCUGACUGGGCUCGCCGGGAGACGGAGAAGCACUUUUUGGCCCUCCCUGACCCGCCCUCACACCCCGACUUCGCCGCCGCCGCCGCCGCCGCGCCUGCCCUCGCCGCGCCGCUCGGCCGCACUUUGUGGGGGCGCACGCCGGGGGGCUCAGCGAGACCUGGAGGCAGGAGACGGCCCCGCUGCGCUUCUGCUUCGGCUCUUUGUUGUUCGCUUUGGAUGGUUCUUGAAAGUGUGUGAACCUCCUCGGAAAUCCUGGGGCCGGAGAAGACAAACCUUGGAAUUCUUCCUCUGCAAGAGUCUCUGAGAUUCUGACAAGCGUCCGGAAAGGUCGACGAGUCAUUGCCCUGAAAACUCCUGGCUAAUUGACCCACGUUGCUUAUAUUAAGCCUUUGUGUGUGGUGUGUGUGGUGUGUGGCUUCAUACAUUUGGGGACCCUCUUUCCACUCCCUCCUCUUGGCAUGAGACUGUAUGCAGGAUCCACCCGAGGACAAUGAUUGCGGAGCCCGCUCGCUUUUACCUGUUUGGAUUCAUAUGUCUCUGCUCAGGCUCCCGUCUUCGUCAGGAAGAUUUUCCACCGCGCAUUGUUGAACACCCUUCAGACCUGAUUGUCUCAAAAGGAGAGCCCGCAACUUUGAACUGCAAAGCUGAAGGCCGUCCCACACCCACUAUUGAAUGGUACAAAGGGGGAGAGAGAGUGGAGACAGACAAAGAUGACCCUCGCUCACACCGAAUGUUGCUGCCAAGUGGAUCUUUAUUUUUCUUACGUAUAGUACAUGGACGGAAAAGUAGACCUGAUGAAGGAGUCUAUGUCUGUGUAGCCAGGAAUUACCUUGGAGAGGCUGUGAGCCACAAUGCGUCGCUGGAAGUAGCCAUACUUCGGGAUGACUUCAGACAAAACCCUUCGGAUGUCAUGGUUGCAGUCGGAGAGCCUGCAGUAAUGGAAUGCCAGCCUCCACGAGGCCAUCCGGAGCCCACCAUUUCAUGGAAGAAAGAUGGCUCUCCACUGGAUGAUAAAGAUGAAAGAAUAACUAUACGAGGAGGAAAGCUCAUGAUCACUUACACCCGUAAAAGUGACGCUGGCAAAUAUGUUUGUGUUGGUACCAAUAUGGUCGGGGAACGUGAGAGUGAAGUAGCCGAGCUGACUGUCUUAGAGAGACCAUCAUUUGUGAAGAGACCCAGUAACUUGGCAGUAACUGUGGAUGACAGUGCAGAAUUUAAAUGUGAGGCCCGAGGUGACCCUGUGCCCACAGUACGAUGGAGGAAAGAUGACGGAGAGCUGCCCAAAUCCAGAUAUGAAAUCCGAGAUGAUCAUACCUUGAAAAUUAGGAAAGUGACGGCUGGUGACAUGGGUUCAUACACUUGUGUUGCAGAAAAUAUGGUGGGCAAAGCUGAAGCAUCUGCUACUCUGACUGUUCAAGUUGGGUCUGAACCGCCACAUUUUGUUGUGAAACCCCGUGACCAGGUUGUUGCCUUGGGACGGACUGUAACUUUUCAGUGUGAAGCAACCGGAAAUCCUCAACCAGCUAUUUUUUGGAGGAGAGAAGGGAGUCAGAAUCUACUUUUCUCAUAUCAACCACCACAGUCAUCCAGCCGAUUUUCCGUCUCCCAGACUGGUGACCUCACUAUUACGAAUGUCCAGCGAUCUGACGUUGGUUAUUACAUCUGCCAGACUCUAAAUGUUGCUGGGAGCAUCAUCACAAAGGCAUAUUUGGAAGUUACAGACGUGAUUGCAGAUCGGCCUCCCCCAGUUAUUCGACAAGGUCCUGUGAAUCAGACUGUAGCUGUGGAUGGCACUUUAGUCCUCAGCUGUGUGGCCACAGGCAGUCCAGUGCCCACAAUUCUGUGGAGAAAGGAUGGAGUCCUCGUUUCAACCCAAGACUCUCGAAUCAAACAGUUGGAGAAUGGAGUGCUGCAGAUCCGAUACGCUAAGCUGGGUGAUACUGGUCGGUACACCUGCAUUGCAUCAACCCCCAGUGGUGAAGCAACAUGGAGUGCUUACAUUGAAGUUCAAGAAUUUGGAGUUCCAGUUCAGCCUCCAAGACCCACUGACCCAAAUUUAAUCCCUAGUGCCCCAUCAAAACCUGAAGUUACAGAUGUCAGCAGAAAUACAGUCACAUUAUCAUGGCAACCAAAUUUGAAUUCAGGAGCAACUCCAACAUCUUAUAUUAUAGAAGCCUUCAGCCAUGCAUCUGGUAGCAGCUGGCAGACCGUAGCAGAGAAUGUGAAAACAGAAACAUUUGCCAUUAAAGGACUCAAACCUAAUGCAAUUUACCUUUUCCUUGUGAGGGCAGCUAAUGCAUAUGGAAUUAGUGAUCCAAGCCAAAUAUCAGAUCCAGUGAAAACACAAGAUGUUCCACCAACAAGUCAGGGGGUGGACCACAAGCAGGUCCAGAGAGAGCUGGGGAAUGUUGUUCUGCACCUCCACAACCCUACCAUCCUUUCUUCCUCUUCCAUCGAAGUGCACUGGACAGUAGAUCAACAGUCUCAGUAUAUACAAGGAUAUAAAAUUCUCUAUCGGCCAUCUGGAGCCAACCACGGAGAAUCAGACUGGUUAGUUUUUGAAGUGAGGACCCCAACCAAAAACAGUGUGGUUAUCCCUGAUCUCAGAAAGGGAGUCAACUAUGAAAUUAAGGCUCGCCCUUUUUUUAAUGAAUUUCAAGGAGCAGAUAGUGAAAUCAAGUUCGCCAAAACCCUGGAAGAAGCACCCAGUGCCCCACCCCAAGGUGUAACUGUAUCCAAGAAUGAUGGAAACGGAACUGCAAUUCUAGUUAGUUGGCAGCCACCUCCAGAAGACACUCAAAAUGGAAUGGUCCAAGAGUAUAAGGUUUGGUGUCUGGGCAAUGAAACUCGAUACCACAUCAACAAAACAGUGGAUGGUUCCACCUUUUCCGUGGUCAUUCCCUUUCUUGUUCCUGGAAUCCGAUACAGUGUGGAAGUGGCAGCCAGCACUGGGGCUGGGCCUGGGGUGAAGAGUGAGCCUCAGUUCAUCCAGCUGGAUUCCCAUGGAAACCCUGUGUCACCUGAGGACCAAGUCAGCCUCGCUCAGCAGAUUUCAGAUGUCGUGAAGCAGCCGGCCUUCAUCGCAGGUAUCGGAGCAGCCUGUUGGAUCAUCCUCAUGGUCUUCAGCGUCUGGCUUUAUCGACACCGCAAGAAGAGAAACGGACUUACUAGUACUUACGCGGGUAUCAGAAAAGUAACUUACCAGAGAGGAGGCGAAGCUGUCAGCAGUGGAGGGAGGCCCGGACUUCUCAACAUCAGUGAACCUGCCACUCAGCCAUGGCUGGCAGACACGUGGCCUAAUACUGGCAACAGCCACAAUGACUGCUCCAUCAACUGCUGCACGGCAGGCAACGGAAACAGCGACAGCAACCUCACUACCUACAGUCGCCCAGCUGAUUGUAUAGCAAAUUAUAACAACCAACUGGAUAACAAACAAACAAAUCUGAUGCUCCCUGAGUCAACUGUUUAUGGUGAUGUGGACCUUAGUAACAAAAUCAAUGAGAUGAAAACCUUCAAUAGCCCAAAUCUGAAGGAUGGGCGUUUUGUCAAUCCAUCAGGGCAGCCUACUCCUUACGCCACCACUCAGCUCAUCCAGUCAAACCUCAGCAACAACAUGAACAAUGGCAGCGGGGACUCUGGCGAGAAGCACUGGAAACCGCUGGGACAGCAGAAACAAGAAGUGGCACCAGUUCAGCACAACAUCAUGGAGCAAAACAAGCUGAACAAAGAUUAUCGAGCAAAUGACCCAGUUCCUCCAACUAUCCCAUACAACCAAUCAUACGACCAGAACACAGGGGGAUCCUACAACAGCUCAGACCGGGGCAGUAGUACAUCUGGGAGUCAGGGGCACAAGAAAGGGGCAAGAACACCCAAGGUACCAAAACAGGGUGGCAUGAACUGGGCAGACCUGCUUCCUCCUCCCCCAGCACAUCCUCCUCCACACAGCAAUAGCGAAGAGUACAACAUUUCUGUAGAUGAAAGCUAUGACCAAGAAAUGCCAUGUCCCGUGCCACCAGCAAGGAUGUAUUUGCAACAAGAUGAAUUAGAAGAGGAGGAAGAUGAACGGGGCCCCACUCCCCCUGUUCGGGGAGCAGCUUCUUCUCCAGCUGCCGUGUCCUAUAGCCAUCAGUCCACUGCCACUCUGACUCCCUCCCCACAGGAAGAACUCCAGCCCAUGUUACAGGAUUGUCCAGAGGAGACUGGCCACAUGCAGCACCAGCCCGAAAGGAGACGGCAGCCUGUGAGUCCUCCUCCACCACCACGGCCGAUUUCCCCUCCACAUACCUAUGGCUACAUUUCAGGACCCCUGGUCUCAGAUAUGGAUACGGAUGCGCCAGAAGAGGAAGAAGACGAAGCCGACAUGGAAGUAGCCAAGAUGCAAACCAGAAGGCUUUUGUUACGUGGGCUUGAGCAGACACCUGCCUCCAGCGUUGGGGACCUGGAGAGCUCUGUCACGGGGUCCAUGAUCAACGGUUGGGGCUCAGCUUCAGAGGAGGACAACAUUUCCAGCGGGCGCUCCAGUGUUAGUUCUUCGGACGGCUCCUUUUUCACUGAUGCUGAUUUUGCCCAGGCAGUCGCAGCAGCGGCAGAGUAUGCUGGUCUGAAAGUGGCACGACGGCAAAUGCAGGAUGCUGCUGGCCGUCGACAUUUUCAUGCGUCUCAGUGCCCUAGGCCCACAAGUCCCGUGUCUACAGACAGCAACAUGAGUGCUGCUAUAAUGCAGAAAACCAGACCAGCCAAGAAACCGAAACACCAGCCAGGACAUCUGCGCAGAGAAACCUACACAGAUGAUCUUCCACCACCUCCUGUGCCGCCACCUGCUAUAAAGUCACCUACUGCCCAAUCCAAGACACAGCUGGAAGUACGACCUGUAGUGGUGCCAAAACUCCCUUCUAUAGAUGCAAGAACAGACAGAUCAUCAGACAGAAAAGGAAGCAGUUACAAGGGGAGAGAAGUAUUGGAUGGAAGACAAGUUGCUGACAUGCGAACAAAUCCAGGCGACCCCAGAGAAGCACAGGAACAGCAAAAUGACGGGAAGGGACGUGGAAACAAGGCAGCAAAACGAGACCUUCCACCAGCAAAGACUCAUCUCAUCCAAGAGGAUAUUCUACCUUAUUGUAGACCUACUUUUCCAACAUCAAAUAAUCCCAGAGAUCCCAGUUCCUCAAGCUCAAUGUCAUCAAGAGGAUCAGGAAGCAGACAGAGAGAACAAGCAAAUGUAGGUCGAAGAAAUAUUGCAGAAAUGCAGGUACUUGGAGGAUAUGAAAGAGGAGAAGAUAAUAAUGAAGAAUUAGAGGAAACUGAAAGCUGAAGACAGCCAAGAGGCUUAUGAGAUAGAUCUAAUGUGAAAAUCAUCACUCAAGAUGCCUCCUGUCAGAUGACACGACGCCAGAUAAAAUGUUCAGUGCAAUCAGAGUGUACAAAUUGUCGUUUUUAUUCCUCUUAUUGGGGUAUCAUUUUAAAAACUUUAUUGGGUUUUUAUUGUUGUUGUUUGAUCCCUAACCCUACAAAGAGCCUUCCUAUUCCCCUUGCUGUUGGAGCAAACCAUUACACCUUACUUCCAGCAAGGAAAGUGCUUUGACUUCUUGCUUCAGUCAUCACCAGCAAGAGGGAACAAAACUGUUCUUUUGCAUUUUGCCCCUGAGAUAUGGCAUUGCACUGCUUAUAUGCCAAGCUAAUUUAUAGCAAGAUAUUGAUCAAAGAUACAAAGUUGAUAUUCAACCUCAUGCCAAGGGCUCUCAAAGUAUAAUCUUUCUAUAGCCAACUGCUAAUGCAAAUUAAAAUGUAUUUCAUUUUAACAUGGUUUUAAAAUCAGUUUUUCAUACUACCCUUUGCUGGAAGAAACUAAAAAUACAGCAAAUGCAGAACCACAAACAAUUCGAAUGGGGUAGAAACAUUGUAAAUAUUUACUCUUUGCAAACCCUGGUGGUAUUUUAUUUUGUCUUCAUUUCAAUCAUUGAAGUAUAUUCUUAUUGGAAAUGUACUUUUGGAUAAGUAGGGCUAAGCCAGUUGGAUCUCUGGUUGUCUAGUCAUUGCCAUAAGUAAACCUAGCAAAACCUUGUUCUAUUUUUCAAUCAAAAAGCAAUUAUAAAUACGUAUUACAAACAAGUGGAUGUUUUUAAUGACCAAUUGAGUAAGAACAUCCCUGUCUUAACUGGCCUAAAUUUCUUCUGGUAGUGUCAGUUCAACUUUCAGAAGUGCCACUUAAGGAAGUUUGAUUUUUGUUUUUGUAAUGCACUGUUUUUAAUCUCUCUCUCUCUCUCUCUCUUUUUUUUUUUUUUGGUUUUAAAAGCACAAUCACUAAAACUUUAUUUGUAAACCAUUGUAACUAUUAACCUUUUUUGUCUUAUUGAAAAAAAAAUGUUGAGAAGCGUUUUUAACCUGUUUCGUUAAUGCUCUAUGUUUGUAUUUGGAAUAUUGGAAAGAUAACAGAUGGUGAAGUAACAUGCAUACUUUAUUGUGGGCCAUGAACCAAAUGGUUCUUACUUUUCCUGGACUUAAAGAAAAAAAGAGGUUUAAGUUUGUUGUGGCCGAUGUCGAAACGUACAAGAUUUCCUUAAAAUCUCUAAGAGAGGCAUUACUUGCUUUCAAUUGCCAAAUGAUGCCCUCUGACUAGUAGAUUUCUGUGAUCCUUUUUUGUCAUUUUAUGAAUAUCAUUGAUUUUAUAAUUGGUGCUAUUUGAAGAAAAAAAUGUACAUUUAUUCAUAGAUAGGUAUCAGGUCUGACCCCAGUGGAAAACAAAGCCAAACAAAACUGAACCACAAAAAAAAAAAGGCUGGUGUUCACCAAAAACUAAACUUGUUCAUUUAGAUAAUUUGAAAAAGUUCCAUAGAAAGGGCGUGCAGUACUAAGGGAACAAUCCAUGUGAUUACUGUUUUCAUUAUGUUCAUGUAAGGAGCCUCUUAUUUUUAGCCAUAAUUUUGCAUACUGAAAAUCCAAUAAUCAGAAAAGUAAUUUUGUCACAUUAUUUAUUAAAAAUGUUCUCAAAUACAU